AGAAUAUAUAUUUUAAGAAAACUAUAUUUGUUAUUGUUGAAUAGCGGUUACUAACCUUAUUUUCUCAGUUUGUACACAUCCUUUUUGGCCGCUCCCAGCACCCGUCCCUUAACUGCGCUAAGAAACGCGCAAUAAAACCUGCUCCCAGUGUGACGGGGAUGUUGUUGGAGUCUACUGACGGUUGUGUUGUUACUUUCUCCCAUUGUCCUGAAUGUUUUGUUCCAGUAUGGCUUCUCUGAAGUCAGUGCUGGCUCACUCCGCCAGGGUCUUCUCGAUCUGCAGGAAACAGACUACUGUGAUUUACAUCAAGAGGACGUUGCUUCUGUCCAGACUGCCUCUCUUCAAACGUGCAGACGGCAGGCUCAUCGACUCGGUACGACAGUCCAGCUCCACAGCAGUGAAAGCAGAAAAAGGAGAGGACUCGUUCCUCAAAUGGUUCCUGCUGCUCAUCCCUGCCACCACGUUUGGACUCGGCACAUGGCAGGUGAAACGGCGUCAGUGGAAACUGCAGCUGAUUUACGAGCUGAAGAGACUCACUACUGCAGAACCCAUCCCUCUUCCUCUGAAUCCCGAUGAGCUGAAUCACCUCGAGUACAGAAGAGUGAGAGUGCGUGGACAGUACGACCACUCCCAGGAGCUGUAUAUUCUGCCCCGCUCGCCAGUGGACCCAGAGAAAGAGGCCAGGGAGGCAGGAAGGCUGUCGUCAAGUGCGGAGACCGGCGCUAACGUCAUCACCCCGUUCCGCUGCACCGACCUCGGCAUCACAAUCCUGGUGAACAGAGGAUACGUGCCGAGACAGAAGAUCAGACCAGAGACCAGAAUGAAAGGACAGGUGGAGAAGGAGAUGGAAGUGGUCGGUGUGGUCCGCCUGACGGAGAUUCGAAAACCCUUUGUUCCGAACAACGACGUGGAGAGAAACCACUGGCACUAUCGAGACCUGGAGGCCAUGUCCCGGGUCACAGGAGCUGAGCCCAUCUUCAUCGAUGCUGAAUAUGGGAGUACGAUUCCUGGAGGACCAAUCGGUGGUCAGACCAGAGUCACACUGAGGAAUGAACACAUGCAGUACAUAAUAACAUGGUAUGGCCUGUGUGCGGCAACCUCCUACAUGUGGUUUGCGAAGUUCAUCAAGAAAAUUGUGUGAUGCUUGAAUGCAGUGACGGUACAUAAGGAUACUGUGUGAAAUCCAUGAUUUGUACUGUCGGCUCCAGCUUAAAUGACAAACAUGUAAAUAGCUUUGUUCUCUUGAAACAUGAAAAUAAAUUAAUAUAAAGUCA